GUUACAACUACAAGAAGAAAAGAAUUCCUAAGUGAACAUGCCGCCCCUUUCUCCGCUUUCUUGACUGACCAGUUUGGUCGCCAGCACAACUACCUGAGGAUCUCCCUCACCGAGAAAUGUAACCUCAGAUGUCAGUAUUGUAUGCCAGAGGAAGGAGUCCAGCUGACUCCCAAGACUGAACUGUUGACCACACAGGAGAUAAUCACACUUGCCGGACUCUUUGUGAAUGAAGGAGUGGACAAGAUCCGACUGACCGGAGGGGAGCCUCUUAUCCGGCCUGAUGUGGUUGAUAUUAUAGUUCAGCUGCGAAAACUAGAAGGGUUGCAAACCAUCGCCGUCACAAGCAACGGGAUCAAUCUGGCUCGACUGUUGCCCCGGCUGAAGGAGGCUGGCCUGAAUGCCAUUAACAUUAGCUUGGACACAUUGGUCCCAGCCAAAUAUGAAUUCAUUGUCCGUCGAAAAGGAUUCCACAAGGUAAUGGAAGGGAUCCACAAAGCCAUUGAACUUGGAUAUGAUCCUGUUAAGGUGAAUUGUGUGGUUAUGAGAGGCCUCAAUGAAGAUGAACUGGUGGAUUUUGUGGCUCUCACAGAGAAGCAGCCCCUGGAUGUGCGCUUCAUAGAGUACAUGCCCUUUGACGGCAAUAAAUGGAACUUCAAGAAAAUGGUGAGCUACAAGGAGAUGUUGGAUACAAUCAAGCAAAGAUGGCCAGAGUUGGAAAAGCUGCCGUGUGAAGAAGCUUCUAGCACUGCCAAGGCGUACAGGGUGCCAAAUUUUCAGGGACAAGUCAGCUUCAUCACCUCAAUGUCGGAGCACUUCUGUGGAUCCUGUAAUCGUCUGAGGAUCACGGCUGAUGGCAACUUGAAGGUGUGCCUUUUUGGAAAUUCAGAAGUGUCCUUGCGGGAUUACCUGCGAUCCAGUGCCACAAAAGAAGAAUUGGUUCAAAUCAUUGGUGCAGCUGUGGGCAGGAAAAAGAAACAGCACGCUGGUAUGUUCAACAUUUCUCAGAUGAAGAACAGACCAAUGAUCCUCAUCGAAUCAGCAUCGAGGUCAUUCCCACUGCUCCAAGAUACCCUACAGGACCGAGGAACUUUAAGUGGUGGGGGCCGCAGACUUGGCCACUGGCUGACUCCAAGAGCCAGUUUAUCCAAGCCGAUGGGGAAAACAUUCGAGAAAAAUGUGUUUACAGGACCUCAUGCCUUGCCAAGAUCUCACACAGCACGACAGCUUGUAGCAGGAAUUCUGCAAGCUGAGCUGAGUAGCAGUUGCAUUCUCCAAAAGAACCUGAGUUUGGACACCAAGUGCCUUAGGACAGCAGCGUCUCCCUCCAAGCAGAAAUCCCACAAGAUUUGGGCCAUCCACUCCAGUGUGAGAAACCAGCCGGAAGAGAAGGGCUCAAGAUCUCUGUCCACUGCCAAGUUACUCGGUGCCUCAGACUGCCUAACACACAUUGACCAGGAGGGCCGAGCUGCCAUGGUGGAUGUGGGCAGGAAGGUGGACUCUGAAAGGACCGCGGUGGCCAGUGCCGUGGUCCGCCUGGGUGAGAAGGUGUUUGAACUGGUGCGGCAGAACCAGAUGAAGAAAGGGGACGUGCUGGCGGUUGCCCAGAUUGCGGGGAUUCAGGGGGCCAAAUUGACCAGUCAGCUGAUCCCGCUUUGCCACAACAUCCCACUGAAUCUGGUGGACGUUUCUCUGAGUCUAGACAAGAGCAGGCACGCGGUGGUGAUCCGGGCUCUGUGCCGCACUUACGGAAAAACAGGCGUCGAGAUGGAAGCCUUGACAGCUGCCAGCCUGGCUGCUUUGACUGUGUACGAUAUGUGCAAAGCGGUCACUUGUGACAUGGUCAUUGAAGAGGUGAAACUGCUCAGCAAGGAAGGAGGGCAGAGAGGAAACUUCCAGCGAGGCUAGCAGG